AUGCUGGCGUCACGAUGUGGUUACAUGUGUCGCAGUUGCCGUGCCAGGACGCAAAGUGUGCUGCAGUACGAACAGCGCAGGGGAUUGAAUGAUGGACGAAGACCGCCGGUCGGAAAUCGAGUGCUGGCCCAGGAAGCGGAGGUGCGGCAGCAUAAGGGGAAGACGGCACGCAAGAGGAGGCAGAGAAAAAAAGCAAGCUAUAGGGGUCAAGACACCUUGGUCAAAUAUGAUUUCAAGCCCGACCUGAGACACCACGUCAGCCCUGACCGCCCCGAGAAAUUUCAUUUCACGGAAAACGAACGUUCCACUAACCCAGUGGGUCGUAUUCCACACGAGGCGCCAAGCGUGGAGAGUGCAGAGGCGGCGGCAGAAGGGGUGGAUGUCAAGCAUGACGCCGUCGUGAGGUAUGAGCCAGUGGGUCGUAUCCCACACGAGGCGCCAGGUGCGGAGAGUGCAGAGGCGGCGGCAGGCGGCGUGGAUAUCAAGCAUGACGCCGUCGUGAGAUAUGUCACGCAAUAUCGGCAAUCCGCUGAGCCAGUGGGUCGUAUUCCACACGAGGCGCCAGGUGCGGAGAGUGCAGAGGCGGCGGCAGGCGGCGUGGAUGUCUCGCACGAUGGUUUUGCAAAUAUGCUCGACGACAUGGUGGAGCUGGCGGGAGCAGAGGUCAAGAUAAAGACAAGAGAAUCUGCAAUCGAACCUCGCACAACACCCCAAGGCACUCCCAGCAACCCUCUCCUCUUUACUCCGUCGAAAACGAUGCCGCGCCAACAACCAUCAGCCGUCCCCACGUUUGCGUGGCAAAAGACGUCCAUGUCGACCUUGAUACCGGAUGCCCGUCAGUUCAAUGGUCUUUGCGCUCGUAUGCUACAUACCUCACAACUAAGACAUCAACAUGCGGAAGCAGCAGCAUCCGAGACAAAGUCUGCAUUUGACAGUCUCCGUCUAGCAACCAAUCUUCCUCCUGCUGGCGGAAUUCGGGCCCAUCUUCGCAAAUGGCAGGAACUUCAUGGUAAUGAAGACGAUCCAAUUCCCGCUAUUCCACAAGAUGACGUUGCAUUGGGCGAUGCUCCCUACAACGACUUUCAGCGCCUUCCAGACGAGGCUUGUAUGCGUCUCCAGGCACAACAAGACGAGAACGAAAUGGAACAGGAAAUAGCAUCAGGCUUUGUUGCUGCGACAGGUAAGGAGGGUUACGAUCGAGGCAACGCUGUUGAAGACGCCCGUUUCCUCAGCCCCGGUGACCUAGUCGAGAUUGAUUUCACACGCAGCGAGCGAGAAAGUAUCCUCGCCGUCUUCAUCAGACCCGUUGGCCUCAUUGGCAACUACGCCCAAUUUCUGACUAUGCAAGGCAAAUGGUUGCAUCAAUCCGAACGUUUGGUUCAAUACCAUCUCAAAGGCUUCGCUGACACUGCCACUCUGAACGCCAUCAUUCCCCAUCUGCCCAACCCCGAGAGCAUGGCCGAUCUCCAGGCACUUGCAGACAAAGCGUACACGGAAGAUCUUUCUGUACCGAGGGAAGUUUCUGCGCCUCUCAUCGCGAAAAUGGUGAAAUUUUACGACGACAGCCAAGAGAUUUACCGUCUCCACGCCAAUGCUCUGGACGACGCCCAUCGUAUCCUCGCACACGACACUGACUUGUGGUAUGGCACUUUGACAACCGCUGCUACCACUCUUUUGAAGAUGCCAGCAGCUUCUCUACCCAAGGCUGCCCUAUUCGCAGUCCGCAGAGCCCUGGUACACGCCGGGUUUGCCUUCAACAUGGACCGCCGCUCGCACCGUCAGACAGGAUACUUCCAAAUCCGAAGCAAGGCUCAAGUAAAGAACGUCGAGCAAGUGCGUCAUUGGGUGCGACAAUGGCAGGAUGAUCUGGCCAAAACCGCAGCCAUGUCCGAGCAAGCAAAGAAGUACCACUCACCUAGCAAAGGCGCCUCAUAUGUCUACAGCUUCGUUGAAAAAGCAAAGGUCAUUGCAAUGAAGAGUCGAGAAACCCGUCAGCCAACCGAAUGCCACAACAUCGGGAUUAGCAAGACUCGCAUCCCGUUGACCAACGACACCGACUGCGUCAAAAUCACUACGGGGAAUGAGUUCACCGAAGAAGAGCAGGAAAUUCUGCGUUUCAUGGAAUCAUGGGCUUGCACGAGCCUGUUCGUCGGUCUGAACCGUAUCGAGAGCCUUCCACCACUCAUCCUCCACGCAACAGGCCUUUAUCCAGAUGCUUCACUCGCCAAAUCAACUGGCUACAUGUUUCUGCAGGAGUUAGGAACUCUGUUGCCAUAUGAGAAUCGCAUACGAUUCGAUCAACAUCUUCUCCUCCCCAGCUCUCAACACAGCAAACCUCUGCAAAACCUCAUGGCCAAGCUGAUGGAUAUGCGAGACUCCCACAAUUUCCAAGACUCCAUGGCUGGCCUACGUCACGACUGGAAGGAUCUUCCCGUUUACUGCAUCGAUGGUGCCGAUGCCCAUGAGAUCGACGAUGGCAUUUCUCUCGAGCCAGCAGGCAAGAACCAGCACUGGGUUCACGUUCAUAUUGCCAAUCCCACCGCGUUUUUCGAUCGUGAUCAUCCGCUGGCGAAAAUGGCCCGACACAUGGGUGAAACCAUCUACAUGCCGGAGAGAACGUACAUGAUGCUUCCCCGCUGGGCAACCCAACGCCAUUUCUCUCUAGCACCCAAUCGUCCAUGUCUCACCUUUUCCGCCAAGUUGGAUGCAGACGGCAAGACUCUCGAGCAGAAAAUCACCCCGGGUAUCAUCCGAAAUGUAAUCUCACUGACCCCUAGCGAGAUUGAGACCUUGAUUGGCGACGACUCCCUGGAAGCCAAACAUCCCAUGCAGACCUUCUCCGUCGGUGGCACACCUCCUCCUCCCCGAGCACGCAAGUCCCAAGUUCCGGACAUGCAGUCAUUUCACGUUGCCCAGCUCAACACCCUGAACGAAUUAGCUGGGCGUCGUGCGGGGAUCCGCAAGGCCGCGGGAGGCCUGUUCUUUGAUUCUCACAGAGUUGAGGUCAAUGUCUGGCAAAAUUACAAGCACACCGGUCUAGCUUGGGACCAUCCACACCGGAGAGGUUCCCGGACUGUAGAAGGAGAUCCAAUCAUUCAGCUCAAAACCCGWGCCUUGUCCAACUGGUUCGCCCCUUCUGCGAAUGCGGUCGAUGUCCUCGUCCGAGAAUUCAUGUUGCUAGCCUGUGAGAUUUCUGCUUCUUGGUGUGCAGAGAGGGACAUCCCAAUCAUUUAUCGCGGAACCACAUCUACACCAGAAAAGCGGGUUGAGCGAGAGAGGUUCAUGAAGGAAGAAAUCGAACCCAACACAGCUGCUGAUGGGACAUACCCCAUGUGGCUCGGCGUGCAAUAUCUUCAGACAAUCGGCUUCACAGCUCUUCGCACCGAACCUAUCAAGCACGGAUUCUUGGGAAUGGAACACUACAGCAAAGCGACCUCCCCGCUCCGAAGAUACGGAGAUAUGAUUCUUCACUGGCAAAUUGAAGCUGCUCUACGGCAUGAGGCCUCGACGGGGCAGAGUUUGGCGGUCAGCAAACGCGGAUCUGGCGGACAGAGAGGUCUCCAGCUACCAUUCAGCAGAGCCGCCCUCCAAAAUAUAAUGGUCGGUCUACAACCCCGCGAAAGUAUCGUUUCCCGCUCACAGGCCUACACCGAAACAUUUUGGAUUGCAAUGCUUCUUUUCCGGAAACACCAUUUUAACGAAGAUGGCGGGCUCGCAGGAUUUCCAACCCGAGAAGUCGCGGUUGAAGAUCCUGGUCAAAAGGGAGAAACGAGGAUGGCUACGGUGCCGAUUUUCAAAGCUUUUGUCGCUAAUCGGCCGGAUCCUCAUGGCGGGGCACCGCUUGUUUCUUGCCUUUUGGUGGAGUUUAACGUCACUGCUAGUAUGAUUCCUAGUGUUCUGCCCGGAAUGGAGGUGAAGUUGGGCGAUUUGUGGGAGGUUAGGAUGGAGAAGGUGGAUGUGUUCCAUAAGUUGGUGAUUGUGAGGGCCGUCAGUUUGGUGAAGAGAGAGGCGAUGUAG